CCAAAUUGUGUCCACGCGAGGCUCCGCUGUACACGUAUCACGUCUGCAUUCCGCAGUAUCAGUAUUGGUAUAACGGAAAUUAUGCCUAUUACAAUUCUUCCUCCCGCAUCUCCGCCUCCGAUUUCCUAUAACGAAUAUUCUGAAGAUGAUAGGAUGGAACUUGAUUCGGACGACGAUGUGGACAUUGAUUCAGGAAAGCCGAUAUACAAAAGGUCUAGAGUAUCAACUAAGCACAUAGUCACUCCAGGUGAGAUUGUCACAGAAGAUACACAGUGGAUGAGAGGCCAUGGCACAUAUUAUCCUCCAGAAUCUUCGGCCAUACAUUCGUCCGUUUUUGGAACUAUCCUAAAGACGAAUAAACUUCUGUCUUGUAUACCACUCCGUGCCCGUUAUACGCCAGAAAUUGGAGACCUUGUCGUUGGCCGCAUCAUAGAAGUUCAGCAGCGACGCUGGAAAGUCGAAAUCGCCGCGCCGCUGCUUGCACAACUACCACUUUCCGGUAUAAACUUGCCCGGUGGCAUUUUAAGGCGACGUACAGCAGUGGACGAGCUCAACAUCCGCAGCUUCUUCACUGAAGGUGAUCUCCUGGUCGCCGAGGUGCAGUCUGUGUACGAGAGCGGGCAAGCAGUUCUUCACACUCGAAGCACAAAAUACGGAAAGCUCCGUAACGGCAUGUUCAUAUCUGUCUCCGGUGCUGGAGGCGGUGGGCUGUCCCGUAAAGGAGGCAUUACAAGGUCGAGGCGUCAAGUUUUCACACUAAACACGACACGCGGUGGUGAUCCUGUGGAUGUAAUAUUGGGUGUUAAUGGAUUUAUAUGGGUGAGCAAGCAUGUCGAACCUAAGGAAGAAGUGGGCAUCACUCGAUUGGAGGAGAGUGUUGGACAGGACGUAUACUCAAGUCAAAAUGAUCAGAUCAGUGCAAGUACGAGGAGAGAGAUUGGGAGAGUGGUGGGCGUGAUAAGAUGUUUGGUGGAGGCAGGAAAGAGAGUGGAUGAGGACAUGGUUGUCAAAGCGUAUGGUGCCCUGGCAGAAAUGGACGAUGAUAUGGAUGGUAGUGAUGAGGGUGACUUCUUGGGCGGGGAGAAGGGCAAGAGACUAGCCGAACUCGUCUCCGCUGGGUGAGAGAGUAAUAUUGGGUUCGGUUUCGGGACUUCGAUUUAAAUUUUGCCCCACGACGUCAUGAGCUGGUAAAACUCCGAGGACGAGAUGUAGUUGAAGAGGAAUACAUCUCGUUCAUGCUAUUCGAGCAGUCGAAGUUCACAGAUCGCAGGCAAUCUUUUGACCAAAGAUGUAUCCUUUGGACUCUAGAGAUUAAGCAUGAUUUACCUGAAGAUGGAUGUCCAUAAAAGACGUCAGACUGUUAGAACAAAACUUAGGUUACUAACCUUGUUUUCCAGUAAGUGCUGUCGACAUAGAACAAGAGAAGAUGAUCAAAAUUUUCUCAAUGCUGGUUAAUCAUAGCAUGUUAGUCAAUAUAUGUAGUGGAGGAUCUCAGACGACUGCGUGAGGACGGGAUCUUAAUGACCUUGAUGACCCACAUUUAAGACCGAAUUUGCCUGGGAGGACAAGAGCAAAACCCUGGAGUUUAGGUCUUAGAUUCGUCCUUCACGGAUAUGGAUCAAUAGUACAGCUUGAAUCAUGA